ACAAAAAGGAAAUAGUAAUGAUAAAAGAAUUAGAAUAUACAGAAUUUAGUGAUGCACACUGGAGUGGUGACCCCCGCCAGGCUUCUCACUUCAGGAGCAAGAGGAGCUGGAGAGUCCUUGACUUAAAGUAAACAAUGCUCACACUCCCGAGUGCUAUCAGCCUGGGCUUGUCUUCCGUCCAAAUCGCAGCACGGCCCCCACUCCGAGGGGAGAAUUAUCCCAGCCGGACCUACGACACACCUGAGGCCAUAAACAGCCCCGGGAAGUAGCUGAGCCCUCUUGGCUGCCGGGGAACAGAUGGAGCCGGGCUCGACGGUGGCAUCUUGGACGUUAACGGCCAGGGAGAGCUGUCUGAGACCCCUGUGCAGGAAUUUUGCCCGUGGAUCCUGUCGAUGGGGCCAGAGCUGCCGCUUCUUACAUGACAGAAACUCAGCUCAGAUCUGCAGGUAUUUCCAGAGUGGGUUUUGCAGCUACGGAGAGCAGUGCAGGUAAGGGGCAGCGAGCAGGAGUCUGAUGCCCCAAGGAUGGGCUGGGAGCCAAGAGGAGUCAUGCUGGGCUGAUGAGACUCUCUGUCUGUUUGUCUCUGGGCUCCUACAGCUACCAGCACAUCCAGGAGGAGCUGGUGCCAUCCCGCCAUGGCCUGGAUCCCUCCAUGCCCCCCUGCCACUGGGGCCCAGAGCCUGGCACUGUGCCCAUGGGCACGGCCCAGGGCUGGGUGGGACCCCAGCGCACCUCGGACUACCCUGCCCCCAGCACGACACAUGUGGCCUUCAAGUUCCCAAACAUGGAGGUUGAGGUGGAAGAGAAAGACAAGAAGAACGUCACAGCACCUGAUAACAUCAGUGGAGAAUUUGUCCCCACACAUGCUCAGCGUGCCUCAGGCGCCCAGCUACAAGGGCUGGCACUGGAUGCAGACUCCUCUGACCCCAGAGAGACAGUGCUGGAGAUGGUGACGGGGACUGACCCUGCAGAGGUCUCUAUGGAUCUGGGUGCUGCGGCAGCCCCAGUCCCCACCGAGGCACUGAGAGCCCAGAGUGAGGCCGUGGUGUGUGGCAUCUGCAUGGACAGGGUGUACGAGAAGCCGCUGCCGAAAGAGCGGCUCUUUGGGAUCCUCCCGAACUGCAGCCAUGCGUACUGCGUGGGAUGCAUCCGCAAGUGGCGUCGCAGCCGGGACUUCCAGAGCACAGUCAUAAAGGCCUGCCCAGAGUGCCGGAUCACUUCCAGUUACUAUAUUCCCCACAAAUACUGGAUCUCGGAUGUGGGUGAGAAGGAGAAGCUCAUCAGAACCUUCAAGGCGCGGACGGGGAAAAUCAGAUGUAAAUUCUUUGUUCAAAACCGUGGCCACUGCCCAUUCAGGUCUGACUGCAUCUACCUGCACGAGCUGCCCACCAGCUGGCUGCCACGGCGCGGACAGCAGCGGCUGAGGAUGCCCACUGAGUUCAACCCUUCUUCCUUGGAGAGCUCUGGUGAGGAGGAUGAGGAGCUCUGCAUGCUCGAGUGGGCUCUCACCCUGACUGUGCUGGAGAUGGAAUUUCACUACUCAAGUUAUGGCCACGAGAUGCUUCUCUUUGACUUCAGCAACUCGGACUGAGCCGUGGGGGGUCACACUGGGCCUAGGUGAUGCUGGUGGCAUCUCUGGGAGGGGGAAUCAUCUGCUUUUGACUUCCACCAUUGUUUUGGAGUGGCUCUGGGCAUAGGCAGUGUUGCAGGGAGGGGGUGGGAUGGGGAAGCAGUCUGGCUGCCAUUUAUCGGGGCGCCGGGAGUGACUCAGGGUGGUGGGGCACAGUCCCCAUGCUCUUGCCCUCGCCCCCUCAAUGGGAGACCCGCGGGUGCCGGGUGGGGGGCUGGGCUGGGUGCUGGGGGUUUAACGUGGGGAUUUAAGGCCCACGGGCCGGGGCGGGCACUGUUUUAAACUGGUUUUAGCCAAAUCCGGGAAUUACGAAAUAAAACACGUACGUAACAUCACGGUACCGGGGGUCCCUGUCCGGGG